UUUCGUGGAGAUGGGACAACGAUCAGACAAAGCGGUCGAUUGACGCUGGUCAUCGCUUGGCCAAAGACAGAGCCUGCAAGGCUGUCAUUGUCAACAACCAUUAUAAACACAAAUAUAACGAGUCGAGAAACAACAUACGAGGGUGGAGUCGGUCACCUGAACAACAAGGAUCAGGUAUGAGCCAGCCGUCUCGAUCGCACCGGGGAGAAGGGGAGAGAAAUGGAAGGGGUCUCCGUGAGCAUCGGGAACACAGGCCUCGACGGGAGCCGCCGCACCAUGACAUACAAUCGUCAAGCGACAGGUCCUCUUCUCAGCCCCCAUAUUACAGGGACUCUGCAAGAGGGCCACCGCCUCCAAAACACGUCAAGGGCGUCCAAAGGGAGGACCAGGACAGCUCCACAUGCACUCAUAUCUGCUCCAGGAGAGGCAUGGUGUUGAUCUGUUCAAUCCUGACCAACGGACUCGUCCUGAUCUGCGUCGUGGCGGCUCAGAUGGCCAUGUCAGGCAUGACCGCUAUGGGUGGCCUGUCAGGGGGCAGCUUCAACCUCAACACUAACAUUCCCUUCGAGGGCCAAGAGCUGCAGCAGGUGAGGGACCUGGAUAUGCAGUACAGCCAGAUGAGAGCUCCUGGGGUCUACGGGGGCGUGGCAUUUGCCCUCGUAUUCGGUGUUCUCUCACUUGUAUUUGUGGUCUCCGGUAACAAGCCACCCCACCUGCUGGACCCGAAGCUGCUGAUUGGAGCGCUGGUGUUCCAGGGCCUGGGGGCGGUGCUCUAUGUGGUGGCGGUGGGGUUGUACCUCCACUUUGUCAUCCAGGUGAACAGCACUGAUGUGUGUAAGCGGCGGGAGAGGAUGUAUGCCAGAGUGGGCUACACCUGGAUGAACUGUGAAGUCGGGGGCGCGGACGCGGCCGUGGCGUUGUUCGGGCUCAUCACAGCAAUACUGUACGGCGCCGGUGCGGUGCUGAUGUUCUUCACUGAGCGUGGGGUCAGAAACUACCUGAAGGAACGCAGGCAACAUCAGCAGAGGGAGACAAAGACUGUGGAUAAGAUGGAAAUGAGUGACUCAAGUCGUUCACCGUUGUCUGUUUAAGUGGGCGUUCCUGCUGUUAUGCACCAGAAGGCACCGAAUGGCUUCUUCAUUCUAUCCAUUUUCAUUGCCAGUCUGUCGAUUCUUUUAUAGUAAAUGCACUUGCCAAACUUCAGUGUAGUAACUAAGACUUUAUCUCAACCUCUUUUUCUAAUUACAUUUAAUGACUUGCAUUAGGUUUAUGUUUAAAGUUGUCUGAUUAACUUUUUUUCCCCCGUCCAGUCAGUUUUUUCAUGUUUUGUUUGAAAUGUAAUCACAACACAUUUUUGUGUAAAGCAUGGAUUUGGUAUGAAUUCCUUUUAAUCUGCAACAUUAAUGACCCACUCUGAUCUAACAGUCCUGUCUUAUGCAUUUUUUAAAUGAAAUUAUUUGUAUGUAAAAUGUGCAAAUGUUUUUGUGUGUGUGUGUGUGUGUGUGUGUGUGUGUGUGUAUACGUAUUUACAUGGAGCCUCAUGGAGCAAAAAAACAUGUAUGACUGAGGGUCCAUGUAAAUACAUCUUUCCAUUUAUCUGCCACUCAAGUUUGUUUGGCACUCUCUUGUAAAACAAGAAAUCCCAUAAUAUCCAUGUCAAAUGGGAGAUUCCAAAGUUGCCAUGGCACUUUAAAGCAGCCUAAAAUGAUACCUCAGUAUAUUGUUUUGUAUAUAUUUUAGAGAGGAUUUUGUUUUUUAUCAGCUUGUUUAUUUGUAAUAAAUCAUUAAGUGGUGAUUAAUUUGUCUGUUUAUAUCCAUGGAGACAAACGACUGAUCGCAAGUCUGAAUUUUUGGGUUGGCUACCUAGAUACUGGUUAAUGUUUGCAUUUGAAAGACUACAAGAUAAGUGCUUUAUAUACCAAAGAAAUAGAAAUAUAGGUUCUGGUC